GUGCCCCUCUGGAACGUUGGCCUCCCUCAUGCGCCCCGCCCGCUGGCCCACUCGUGCGCCCAUCAGUUCAUCCUUGCCGCAUCACCGCCUGCUGGCUCUUCUCACAAACUCGAUCCCCAUCCCUCCAUCUCCUUGCUCCCUCAUUCUCGACAUCUCUCCUGUCUUGCUCCCCUUCCCCUUUCAGGUUUCACGAGCUCACUCGUUGGUUGGUUUGCUGUGCAAGUCAGCUAGGACUCAUCUCCCAGACGACUUUCUACAUUUCAACCCAGUCCAAUCAGCAUACACUCGCAUUCUUCACGCACAAUUCAAACCUGUCCAACAAUAACCAUUCGAGGAGCAAAGCUGUCUCUAUACACACAUUCGCUCAGAACAACGCACAUCCUCUAUCCACAGAGGAAAUCUAUAGCUCGACUCGCUUCGGUCGAAUCCUACAAAAACAACCCUACAGCUCGCUUCUUGAUCUGACCCAGGAUGCGUUUCACUCUGGCCAUCUCGGCCCUCGCAGCUCUGCUGCCAGCCGUCCUCGUGCUACUGUCGCAGCCCACCGAGGCUAGAAACAGACGUUGCGUUCCCCAUGGCUUCGACAGCAGAUGGUCCCGCACCAUCGCCAAGGGAAAGCUGGAAUGCUACCACCACUGGCAAGACGGCAUCGUUCACGAAUACCCAGGCGACAUCGAGUACGUGCCUACCAUGUGGGAUGAGAAGAAGUACGGUGCAAAGUGGGCAGCACGCAAGAAGGAGAUGCGAAAGAAGCUUCCCAGGCGUCUGUUGACUUUCAACGAGCCCGAUGUCAAGGGCCAAGCCAACAUGGACCCCUACUACGCCGCCGACCUUUGGAUGAGAGAGAUUGUGCCCUGGCAAAAGAAGGGCGUCAAGGUCUCCACCCCUCAGAUUGUCUACGAUCUCGACUGGAUGGACACCUUCAUGAAGCAGCUCAAGAAGAAGGGCACCAAGGGUCCCGACUUCAUGGCCAUCCACUCUUACACACCCAAGGGACAGCGUGGUCUCAACCAACUCAAGUCUUACGUCAAGAAAUGCCGUAAGCGUUACGGUCUCAAGAUCUGGGUUACCGAAUACGGUGUCACCGCAUCCUCCAAGCCUUCCGCAGCCGAGAUCAAGUCGUACCUCGUCCAAGCCCAGAACUUCCUCGACUCUCAAUCUUACGUCAAGCGCUCCUUCUGGCUCGGUGGGUUCGCCAUCAACAAGCCGCCCGAUGGUUUCGUCACCAACAAGAACGCGUUCUUCUCUUCCUCUGGCGGUCUGCGCGACAUUGCCCACUGGUGGCUGUACGCCGGCAAUGGAGGCAAGUCUCGUCGUGAUGCUGCCGGUCUGCCUUCGUCUCCCCUGGAGCACCGCUCCGAGCACUCGCCGGCCAUGAGACGUAACCACGCCAAGCUUGCUGCUCGCAUGCAAGCUCGUGCGGAGAAUGUGACUGCCGAAGCCGACAUCGAUGCUUACCACGCCGAUGUCGACGCCGAGGACAAAGACCUGGCUGACGCUUACGAUGGCGACGAGGUCGAAUGCGACGAGCACUGCCAGCGCCUCGAGGCUAUGCUCGCCAAGACCACCGACGAUGACGACGUCAUGAAGGACGCCGAAGACAAGAUCGAAGGCGAGGAUGAGGAUGAGGACACCGACUAAGCGCAAUCGCCUCGUCUAUCCUUUCUGCUCGCCUAAUCCAGCGUUGUCAUGUCAUCUACUGUGCUUGAUACACGGUCACCCUCUUGAUCAAGUAUUCGAGGGCAAGGCCUCUCGGCCCCCGUCACUCUCCCCCCAUCUCCCCAUCCGCAGAGCUUUUGGCAUUGCGCACACGCAAGACCUUCUCUGCAACUCCUCAUCCGGCUCUGAUUGUUCGGCUUCCAGACCUCUUCCCAACAGUCGUUUCUUGUUACUUGCCGUCUUUUUAGUGCCUCGUCUUCCCUUUGCUGCUUCUUCACUCACCUGGAAUGCCAUUUCCCACACACGGCCGAAGCCUGGCGCAUCGUGCUGUUCGUUCAACCUCAA